AUGAAUUAAUAGUUGGGAUCUUAUGUUAAAUUUUUCCAUAUCAUCCGAGAAUUGGAGGACAGCAACUAAAUCGAUAUUAAAUAGAAGUAAAUCCUGAAAGUCAAUUUUACAACAAAAGAAAAAAAAUUGAUGAAUAUACUCAACGAUCUAAAUGAUGAAGACGAAGAGGAAAUUAAAUUCAGUCUCUUAAACUAUCUAAAUGAAUCACCCUAAGAGAAACAGCAAAUACAGAGACAAAUGAAACGAACUAGAUCUAGCAUUACUGAUGUCGAUCUUAUUAAGGGUAUACAAUAUGAUGAACUCAAAUUCACUGAUGCACUAGCAGAAAUGGAAAAAGCCUUAAAGUUAAUCACUCAUUUUCAAGCCAAAAUUAAAGAUGGAUAAACUAUAGAUCCAAAAGUCAAUGAAAUUUUGGAACACAUUAACACACUUUUUAUUCAGAAUUCGCCCUAAAAUAUCCACUCACCUACAAUUAUAGGAAGAGGUCAAUCACUCAACUUAGAUAUCAAUUACUAAAUCGAAAGUGAACUCAGCGAGGCAUACAAGGAAGUUAAAUGUUAAUUUGCAAAUUACAUGAAGAGUCAUCUAUUACUCAUGGAUGAAACAGUCUCCUAUAAUACUAUCUUCAGUUUGCUUAAGGAAUUGAGCAAGAACCUCUUAAAUUGUGACAACUUUAGUUUCUUUGUCAUAAAUCCCAAUAAUGAAAUGGAACUUUAUCAAUCUAAAACUGACAAUAUAGAAUAAUUACCGAUUGAUUAAACCAUUAAGGAUGAGCUAGAAACAAUCCCAUAGAACAAAAUAUUUAGGUUCUCUUAGAACUCAUCCUUUUGUUCUAAAUUAAUGUCCAUCAACUAUCUAUCAUCUUAUGGUUUAUAUGCCAAUAAUGUUGUGUUCAUCUAUCAUUCAAAAUAGAAUAAACAACUUGAAACUCAAGAUAUUUUAAAAAUUGCAAAUGAAUACUAAUUAAUAGAUGAAAUCAAGACUCUAUCUAUGUUCUUAUUGCAAACCAUUCAAAAUGCUAAAGUAUAAUUCUUCAGUCCAUUGUCCAUUGCUGACAUGAUCCUAGACCUUGGAAUAUCAUUCGUUAGAGCUUCUAAGUUUGUUCUCAUUGAAAAAAUGUAUAACAUCAUCAGCCAAGUCUAUAAAAUUGAUAAGUUACAAACAGAUUAAUAAGAAAUUUAGGUUUGGGAUACCGAGAGUGUCUACAUAGUAUUCAAAGAUUAAACAGUAACUGUGUGUUUCAGAAUCUAUUAAAUGAAUCUAGUAAAAUAGAGUGAUCAAAGAUUGUAUUCCGAGAUCAAACAAUUCUAUGAGAAAUAUCUUCGAUUCAUUAGAGAAUGCUUUGAUAAGAGUGCCUUUUAUAAGUUCUUUCUAAGAUCAAACGAUUCACUCAUUUUUGAAUUCGAUAAAAGUGGUCACUUAUUGUUCCUCUCCAGACCCAUCCCUAAAUAAAUCAAAUCCAAUUUCAACAUACAAUUUAAUUCGCAUCUAAUUCACUCCAAUCAAUUAUCAUAUAACAAGAUAUUUGAUCAAAAUGUUGUAUCCAAUAUUGAAAACUAUCUACAAGAUCAUAAAUGGUAAAUGAUGAAGGACAAUGAGAAAUAAUACGAAAUAUUCCUUAAAAUUGAAGAGAAGACUUACAAAGGAUUCGCAGUGAUCUUCACUGAAAAUAUCAAGGGAUGGGUUAAAGAACAAUUUAAAUAAUUGGAAUCUGGUAAUCAAUUGGAUUCCAAAAUCAAAGCCAAAAUCAGAAAAUAACUCAUCCAACAUGAAACAAUCAAUUUUGUUAACAAAUUAGAAGAAAACAACCCAGAAGUAAAAGAUUCAGUUGCAUCUUUAUAUAUGCCUCUAUAACAAUUAAUCUUAAAAAAAUCUAAAUCUAUUAGAGAUAUCCAGAAUACUCAAAAUGAACCAAAGAUGAGAAAAACAGAAGCCCCAUAGAGAUCGAAAUAUCUCACCAUUUAAGAAUUGGACCUCAACGAAUUUUCUUUGGAUAUUUAAGAUGAUUUAAUUGAUACUUUCGACUUUAACAUUAUGGAAUUAACUUCACAAAUUCAAAAGCAUAGAGUUGUUUGGGCAAUACUAAAAAAGAAUGGACAUCUAGAUGAGUACUAAAUACCCCCUGAGAAUUUGCAGAGCUUUAUUAAAGAGAUGGAAUACAAUUACAAUGUCAACAAUAACCCGUAUCACAAUUAUGAUCAUGGUGUUACUGUGAUGCAAACUGCUUACUAUUUCUGUUUGGAAUUAGCAUUUACCUCGAAUGCCUCUAUUAUAGAUAACUUUAAUAGAUUCAUAUUGAUGAUUAGCAGUUUUGGCCAUGAUGUUGGACAUACUGGUAAAACUAAUGUCUUUGAAAUCAAUAGUUUGAGUGAUCUAGCCAUGAGGUAUCAUGACAAAAGCGUACUUGAAUAACAUCAUGCAGCAUUGACUAUUUAAAUUCUAAAAAAUCCACAAAGCAACAUCCUUGUAAACCUCAACCAAUAAGAAUUUAGAAAUUUCAGAAAAGGACUCAUCGCCAAUAUUUUAAGUACAGAUAUGUCUGAACAUUUUACUUUGUUGAAAGACUUUGAAAAUAGACCUAAAGAUUUUAACGAUUGCAAAAUUUUGAGUGGAUACAUUAUGCAUACAAGUGAUUUUGGAGGAGCAGGAAAAAAAACUAAUCUGUCUAUUUAAUGGUCUUCAAGGGUCAACCAAGAAUUUAGCAUUUAGUAUAAAUUGGAAGGUGAAUUAGGGUAUCCACAAUAACCUUACAUGAAGGAUUUACAUAUUCCACACGUCCUGGCCAAGUCAGAAAUAGGUUUUCUGAAGGUGAUUGUUAGACCUUGCUAUGCGCUAUUAAGUGAGUUCUUGGAGGAUAAGCUCAAACAUUGCAUAGCCAAUAUUGAUGAUACAAUAUAGCAUUGGGAGAAAAUAGUCAAAAAAGGUGAAGAAUAACAAUAAUGA